AUGACAAAAUUUAUUUAAGCUUUGGAGUUUUUUAUUCGGGUCGGGUUGGGUCACAAUAAGAUCUAAAACUGAAAAAGUCCAUCUAGUCCAAACAAUAACCCCCACCACACUGCAUCACUGUCGACGACACUCCAAGCGCACGUUAGCCAUCUUCACCACGCGUAAUGGAGUCUCUCUUCGACGCAAUCAACAUUCGCGAUCUUCUCUCGGCGCAAGAUCUCUCCGACCGAAAUUCUCCCUUAUCGGCGCCGGAUCUCCGCCUCCUCAUCGACCGUGUCGAGUCUCACUCUCUCCAGAUCCGGUCACAGGUACAAUCCUACCUCGCCUCUCAUCACGAUGACUUCGCGAGCCUCUUCUCUCUCUGCAACGACGCGGUAUCGCAGACAAUCCAGGUCUCCGAUGACCUCGCCGGUGUGAUGAGGAUGGUUUCCGAGCGUCCGGCGGAUGUAGAGGUGCGGGAAGUUGUGGAGGAGAUGAAGACAAAGAGCGAGGAAUUAAAGGUGAAGAGAGAGUUGUUAGGGUUGGUGGGGAUAAUUGUGAAUUUGAAUCAGAGGUUGGAUAGUGUGAAGGAAGCGUUGAAGAAUGGGAAGUUUCAGUUUGCUGCGCAAUGGUUGAAGGAGUUGAAGGUGGCGUUGAGGAUUGGGGAUGAAGAUGAUAGGGAGCCGUUGGUGUAUGGGUUGUUGAGAAAGGAAUGGUCUCAGUGUUUUGAAGAGAUUCAAGAGGUCCUCGUGAAGUUUAUGGAUAAGGCCGUGCGAUUUGAUGGCGACUUGAACCAAGUAGAAGUCAAGUAUCAUUUAGAAGUUCAUAAUUUGAGUGGGAUUCAGUUGCAAAUGGUUUUGGAAGCAAUGGAGGUGGUUGGUAUUCUAGAGUAUGGGCUUGCUAAAGUUGCUGAUUUAAUGAUCAAAUAUGUCAUCAUUCCUUUCUUAAAUCGUGGACAACCUCUUUCAUUUCUAGAAGAGUCAAAUCAAGAUUCAGCCGUACUAAAGAUAGUUCCAACACCUGAUAGUAAGCUUGAGUAUUUGGAUGGGGAGCUUCUCUAUUCAGGGAUUGUGCUUUUUAUUAAAUUUAUUUAUAGAAGCAUUUGCUUCGAGAACAGUUCUUGGAUCCGAUGUUUUGGACGUUUGACGUGGCCUAGGAUAUCAGAGCUAAUAAUAUCAAGCUUUCUUUCAAAGGUUGUUCCAACCGAUGCUUCAAAACUACAUGACUUUCAGAAGAUUACCAAAUGUACAUCUGACUUUGAAACGGCUUUAAAAGAGCUUAUGUUCAUUUCCUCAGAUGACAAGGAUAACAGGCUGAGCAAUUAUGCUGAAAAUGUCGAGGUUCACUUUGCAUUUAAGAAAAAGACAGAAAUCUUGGCUAAAGCUAGAAAUCUGCUCCUUGAAUGUGACUUUUCCAUUCCUCAAGAGUAUACAAGGGAUGGUUCUAUUUGGAAGAAUGAUGAAACUUCUGAUCUUUCAUCCAGCCACGUGGUUGAUUUGCUUUUCACAUCAGAGAGGUGUUUGGUAUCCAAAGCAGCCAAACAAUUGAUGGAACUAAUUCAUCAGACACUGCAGGAUGUCUGCCUUUCAUCUACAAGAGUUGCUUUGGAAUUUUAUAAUGCUGCUAGAGAUGCUAUACUUCUUUAUGAAGUGGUAGUCCCUGUCAAGCUAGAGAGGCAGCUUGGUAGCUUCAAUCAAGUUGCUGUUCUGAUGCAUAAUGACUGCCUUUAUCUUUCCCAGGAGAUACUUGGAUUUGCAUUUGAGUAUCGGGCAGAUUUUCCUAGUUCGAUGAAGGAGCAUGCUGUGUUUGCUGAUUUGGCUCCAAGAUUUCAGCUUUUGGCAGAAGAAAUAUUGCAGAGACAAGUUCAGCUUGUUAUUUAUAACUUGAAGGAGGUUAUAGAUAGUGCUGAUGGAUUUCAGAAUACUCAUCAAAUGCAACAAUUUGAGUCGGCUAAAUUCAGCAUUGAUCAGGUUGUUUUCAUUCUGCAAAAAGUGCAUAUCAUAUGGGAACCAUUUUUGCUUCCUUCAACUUACAGGAAAAGCAUGUGUACAGUAUUAGAAUCAGUUUUCUCUAGAAUUUCAAGAGAUAUACUUCUCCUAGAUGACAUAGCUGCAAAUGAGACUUUACAGCUGCAAAGAUUAAUCGAUUUAAUGCCGGAAGGCUUAUCAUCGUUAUUUGAGUCCUUGGCCACGAGUGAUCCGAAUUUACGUGAGUUCUCUGCAGAGUUUCUUGAAGAUCUUAUUCCAUCUUUACGUAAAAUCCGCAAACUAUCAGAAUUAUUAGACAUGCCUUUAAAAUCCAUUACAGCAUCUUGGGAGGAUAAAGAAUUGCUCAGUUGUGGCUUUACUAUAACGGAGGUGGAAGAUUUCAUAAAAGCUAUAUUUGCAGACUCGCCUUUAAGAAAAGACUGUUUACGGAGGAUACAAAAUACGAACUUUUAGGAUACGUCUAACUUUCUACAUGAUAAGUAAAUCUUAAAACACUCUGGAGGCUGAGAUUAAAAACUCUGACGAUGAUCCCUCUGAGGCAAAAAAUGUUAGUUUUAGCUAGCUCUCCAAAUAUUGCAGAUAGGAGAAAGUUAGUGUUCGGAACAAAACCGUGCUUAUAAUUUUCUGACGUGGAGGCUUCCCAUGAAGAUUUUGUUGUUGCAUAUCUAUGUUUGUAAGUUAGUCAAUUAAUUUUAUCUGUUUUUCCUUUUUCCCUUUAGAGGAAACACGGGCAUAGGAUUGGUGCAUACUUGAGCAUAGUUUCUGCUACACCCUAAUUUAAUUUGUCAUCCACUAAUGGCAGACAUAUUAGGAUAUAAAUUCAAUGGUAGAUAUACGCGUAAUGCCUUCCACUAUAAAGGCAUGGUUUCAGUGAGACUGUUUUUAGAUCCAGAUACAUAAAACAAUUGUAGCUCAAAUUUUGCAAGUAGCAUUUUCCUAUCAAGUUAAACCUGUAGCAAUCAUAUGGUUUGUUGUGAAUCA